GAGUAUGGGGACGCGCAUGCAGGCAAGACUUGCUUACUUCGGUGUCGGGGUUCUGGCGGGUGUGGGGGCAGGAGCAGGCUACUGGCGAGUCUACAAGCAGCUCGAACUCAGCGACAGUCUCGAAUCUCGACACAAGAAUACAGAACUUCCUCUGGAACAGCGAGUUUUCAAGUCUGACUAACUACAUAUGUAGCUUGGCAACUACACCAUACCAUGAUGAUUAUACACAAAGCUACUGCAACAAUAUCCAGUCUAUCCCAGAUUUUCUCUGAGUGCAGUAGUUGUGUUGUUUGUCUUGUUGCCUUGUCACAUGUAUCGAUAAGCUAUGCGUGUAGCUACAUACAAUGUCCCUGACACAUCUUUAGGCCAACAUGAGCUGUGUCUGAUAUCGUUUUUAAGAAUCAUCUCUGCUCUAGAUAUGGCCGCCCUGAGUCCCCCUUCUCAUCUCGUACCUACACCUCUCACUCGGUGCUCUACGACCACGUUCACAAGGUUCCUCUCUGGUCAGCGGAGGUCAUCACUCCACAGGGCAUCUCUGGUCCCGCCAAACGUGGCAACAGCAGGUUCCAGCCAGACCCAACCAUACUGACCAGGUUCUCCUCCGGAAAUGCCGACUACCUUAAAAGUGGAUGGAGUCGAGGUCACAUGACCCCGGCGGCAGACUGCAAGCACUGUCAGUCAGCCAUGGAUGAUUCACACUAUCUCACAAACAUCGUCCCUCAGGAUUUUAACAACAACAGCGGGUACUGGAAUAGACUGGAGAUGUUCUGUAGAGACUUGGCAGAGAAAUACCCCGCCGUCUACGUUACCAGUGGACCACUCUACCUCCCUUCCCCAUCUCUGGAUGAUGGCGGAAAGAAGUUCGUCAAAUAUCAGGUGAUAGGAGCUGGCAAGGUGGCGGUCCCAACUCAUCUCUACAAGGUUAUUCUGGCAGAGACGGACGACAGCAGUGACCCCGCCUCCCAGCCUCCCCCCAGUCUGGGGGUGUUUGUCGUUCCGAACAAGCCCCUGGGUGACGAGGAGCUGACGUCAUUCCAGACCACCCUCACCGAACUGGAGACCCUCUGUGGGAUCUCGUUCCAUUCCAAGCUGGACAGAUCAAAUGUCAGUGAUCUUUGUAAAACGGACAAGUGUAAACUGAUGACGACACUGGAGCUGAAGCAGUUUGUCUACUCAUUACGGUUAGGGCGAGCCAAGAGUGAAGAGCAGAUAGGGGAAAUAUUGGACGAGGCAAAGAAGGAGGGUUUGGAGAGAGAUUCUGUCAUCGCACAGAGCGCUGCACAGCAAGGAAACAAACUUAACACCAGUGCUACCAACGGUUCCUAGGAAGAUUUUACUGCAGUCGUCAUCACAUGCGUAAAACCUUUCUCAAUUGAAUAUUUGUUAUCAUCGCCGCAUUAUAUUCAUUCUGCUUAUGAGCAUUUCGGAAUUCUCUCAGAUAUAAUUACAGGUUUGCUGAAAAUGAUUUGUUGGGUGAUAUGAUA